AUGUCACCAAUUCUUCUUUCCAUCACUUUCCACAAAGUCGCAACUCGCAACUCUCUGCUCGCAACUCACAACUCUCAGCUCGCAAGUCUCCAGUCUAACCCUGUGAGACUUAUAGAACCUACACCCGCCCAGCAGGCAGCCGCUCGCGCCAAGGAGGCCGAGGAGCAGGCCGCCCUCCCGUACAAGUGGACGCAGCAGAUCCAUGAGCUCGACGUGGCCUUUAUCGUUCCGGGGAACAUGAAGUCCAGAGAUAUAGUGGUUGAUAUCAAGCGCAAGAAGCUCACGGGUGGUAUAAAGGGUCAAGACCCCAUCAUCAGUGGUGACUUACCUCAUGACAUCAACGUCGAAGACUCUACAUGGACGCUGUCGACCAACUCGGACGGCACCAAGACGGUCGAGAUUCACUUGGACAAGACCAACAAGAUGGAGUGGUGGGCGCACGUCGUCACCGACGCCCCCAAGAUCGACGUGACCAAGAUUCAGCCUGAGUCGUCCAAGCUGUCUGACCUGGACGGCGAGACGCGCGGCAUGGUCGAGAAGAUGAUGUUUGACCAGAGACAGAAGGAGCAGGGUCUACCCACCUCGGACGAGCAGAAGAAGGAGGAUAUCCUCAAGAGGUUUCAGGCUGAGCAUCCCGAGAUGGACUUUAGCAAUGCCAAGAUAAAUUAA